UUGGUUCAAAAGGAGCCCAUACUCCUUGUCAUGUUGAUACUUAUGGAUGUAAUGUGGUAUUACAAGUUUUCGGAAGGUAAAUGUGAAACAAUGGUUACUGUUUCCUCCAGAGCAAAACCUGAAGCCAACAAGAAUACCUUUUGAGGAAUCAAGUAUUUACUCAAAAGUAAACUUUUUCAGUCCAAAAAUGGAGGAUCUCAAAGAUAUUUCUAAUUGUCGCAAAGUCAUUCUUAAUCCAGGAGAUGUAUUAAUAGUGCCAAAUAAAUGGUGGCAUUAUGUGGAAAACCUGGAAACUGCUAUAGCUGUAAACAUAUGGCUACCACUGCCGCAAGACGACUGUCAAAGAAUUAAGGAAGGAAUCGCAUCAAUAUUGGUUGGAAAUAUGUUGCAAAAUAUAGAUAUUUCUCAGCAAAACAUUCUCAACCCAAAUAUGACGGAAGACUUGGCGAAUAUCAAAACUGCGUUGAAAGUUAUAAAAUUAUCAGUUGAAAGGUGUAAGGAAGCCAAAAAGUGUAAGGAAGCCACAGUAGUAACAGCAACACAACCAAAUGACAAAAAUAAUUUAGAACUGGCCCUAGACAAAUAUGACAAUGUGUGUAAAAUUCCAGUUUUAAACGAUGCUGAAUUAAAGUCGUUUUGGAAGAGUCAGUCCUCGAGAUUUAAAUCUAAUCGCCAAAUUAAUCGCAAUGCUGACAAAACGCCAGAUGCGAAGGAAGUAGUUGAUUUUUUAGAAGUUAUAACUGACGAUGAAGUAUUGGAAUUAAUUACUAAAAAACUCCUGAAACGAUAAGUAUCAUAGAAGCUACUUAUACAAGUAUAAAUGGAAGUUUUACACAUUUAGAUUUCAAUGUAACUCAUUUGAAUCGGUGUACAACAACAGGUUAUAUGUUUAUGAACUAAGUUGAAAUUAAA